AUGGGCGAAGCACUUAAGCUUAAAGUCCCUGGCUUUGCUUCAGAGGGUCCAGACUCCCUUGGAGACCCUGAGGGUGACAGAGAAUCUAACGCAUCUCCAAAGGCUUACACAACUUCGAAACGAAAGCUCGAAGAAUUAUCCUCCGCCCAAGAGGGCACACCACCGGCGUCAAUUUGGCAUGCUCAACAAGAUGAACUGCCUAGGCCUGACGCCGGUGAUGACAGCUCGGCGGGUAGACUGACACCAGCUAAUUCUGAUGAGAAAGCUGGAAGGAGAGGAUCACGAAUAAAACAGCCGAUUCGAUCUAGCAUUGCUUGUCUGAGAUGUCGAAGAUCGAAGAUCAAGUGUGACAAUGAUGGAGGCAGUAGCCCGUGCGACACUUGUGUUAAAGGUGGACAUCAGUGUCAAUAUCCGGAGGCUGUUCCUCCACCACCAAAACGAAGCGAUACAAGUACGGCGACGAAACCGGAGAAAGAACCACAGCAGGAGAAGAAACGGACAAGAAAAGCACAUGAUGCACCUCGGUUAAGCAGCGAAAGAUCAGUAGUAUACGCAGCCGAAGUUCUCGCAUAUCCGUUUUUGACGACGGAACUAUGGGACCAGUUGCUCAACAUAUACAAACAACACUAUGCGACAGAACUACCUUUCCUUCACUUGCCCUCUCUCAAGGAAAAAAUGAGCAGUGGGUUGGGCCAAGCAAAAGAGUGUGCAUCUGAGCUGAAUUUGGUCCUGCUUGGCAUCUUGAUGCUCACAGCACGUUUCCAUCCUGAUCUCGUCCGAUAUAUAACACAUUUACCCAGCCAUCAUGGCAAAAAUGCUAGAUCAGCACCAUCCCAAAGCAAGCCAGGGCCAUCACAUGCCUCGGACUUCUUUGCUACAGCGCUCACAACAGCCCUGGGCCCGCUCAGAAUAGUAAUGGAUACUCUCACGGUCGAGAGGAUACAAACUUUCCUGAUGCUUGGGCUAUUCGAAUGGAGUCAAGAGAAUGCCUCGAGUGCUUGGAUGUAUCUGGGGAUAGCUAUUCGUAUGGCCAAGUUGAUGAGGCUAGAGCAAGAUGACCGACGGAUGGCUAUACUGGAAAACCAGGCAUUGGGCACAAGACGAUUCGAGAAGAGGUUGCCAGAGAUUGCUAUCAUAAGAGAGACACGGCGACGAACGAUGUACAGUUGCUUCAUUGUUGAUCGCAUGAUGAGCUUUGGAAACGAGCGAUCUCUAAGCAUUGCAGUCGAAAGCAUGUUGAUCCAGUUGCCAUGUUCUGAGAUGGCUUUUGACCUGUCUCUUGAAGUCUACACUGGACUAUUACAACCACACGAAGGAUCGAGCCAGCCUCAGAUCAACGAUGAAAGUACCUUGAGCCGGUUAAUCAAGUUGGUCGAGAUAUGGGGCGAGAUUUCAAGAUAUAGUUCGAUGGGUGGCCGGUUACAAGAAACCCAUCCCCCAUGGGGCACUAGGUCGACCUUCUACAAGUUACGAGAGAAGAUGGAUACGUUCAACAAAGAUCUCCCUGGCACUUUCACAUUGUCUCGACAAAAUUACUACCGACAUGACAACCACCAGGCUACCAAUACCUAUGUGUCGCUACACAUGCUGGCCUCAGUUUGUCAUAUUGUUCUCAACCGGGAAUAUCUUCGGUUUCUCCCCCUGCAAUGCCGCAGGCCUCAGGGACCUCCCAUAGGCAACCAAACUGUACUCAACUUUGCACCAGAUCGAUUCUGGGAAGAGAGCGCAGAAGAUGUUUUCCAAGCAUCCCGUAACAUCAUCGACUUAAUUAGUCUUUGCAAGGAGAAGCUGCCUUUGUCCUCAUUGUCGAUGUUCUCUAUCUGGCUGGCUGGGUUCAUGUCUGUCUAUGCUCACCAUUUCCCACAGAUGGACAUACACCAGAAACUGAGGAGUGGACAGAGUAUGAGCCCCUACACGGGAGAGAACUUGAGUAUACUCGAACAGGGACAGGCUGGGACAGCUUGUCAGGCGUUGCGAAGAGCUGCAACUUACCUGCCCAGUGCUCGAAGAUACCUGGAUAAUCUUGAGGCGGUAGGCCAGUUUUUUACACAAGCAAAGAACUCGACGCAUGGAUCAUUAAGCCUUCGACUUGGUGAAGCUGGCCAUGGUAGCGAACCAAGCGAGAAAGGAACGCAAGAUAGACACCGGCAAGGAGCAUACGAUACGCAUCACGAAAGCAUAAGUCCUAUAUCAGCGUCUCCCAAAAUGAGCAACUCGCCCAGGCCCAUGCUGGAAGAAACCCCCAAAACUACCUCUUCGACAUUAAACAGCCAACUCUCGCUGCCUGGGACUGACGAAGGACCAUCGGAGAUGGAUACACCGAAGCUCUUAGUGGACAAUAUUGAGAGCUUGGAGUCGCAACGAAUGAGUUGGGUAUUAAAUGAUUUGGAAGCCUUCUCUGGCGCAGGGUCGUUGAGGGUUGGCUUCCUAGAAUAG